CUACGCGACGUCAUGGAAGGUAGGCAAUGUGUAACAAGCAGAAUAUUAGCCCUAUAAAUAUAGACUAACGGUAGAGCCUUGUUGUUGGUGUCAUUGAUCUUCCCUCCAUUCCUAUUUCCUUGCAAAUUCUAUAAAGGAUCAGGGUUGGCAAGCGUAAAAUAUACUCUUCAUACAAUUAAUUCAUCAAAUAAAUUAAAAAUAACCUCGGAGUUCCGGCGUGGAACAUACAGCCUCGCAAUGCCACAUUACUACGAUCACUACCAUGAGAGCCCCAACCAAGCCCGCGAUCUGACCAAUCGUUUCUCGCGGGAAACACGCCACAGCGAGUACCCGACUCAAUACAUAGUAAACGAAGGGAAGAUGAUCAUCCACGAAAGAUCGCUAAAGCAGAGCAAUGCGAUUAUAUACAAUGCACCGGGCUCGACAUUACGGUUCGUACCGUCGAAGUCGGCCCCAAAUACGAAAGCUAAGCACAACUCGCAUCAUGCACCCGAGUCGUACUGGCGAACGACAGCACCUCCAAUUUAUAUGUGCCACGGCUGUUGGCGACGUCAGAUAUACUUCGGGGAUUACUGUCACGACUGCACAGCGAUGCGGUUAACCGCUGUCCCUAAGAGAAGGGAUAAUUACCGAGAGCGAGAACACCGUCCAGAUCUUCGUUUGACGUGGGCCCCAGACAGCAAGCUGAUCGAGUGGCAUUAGGGGCACACAGUCUACCUAUGUUCGAGUUAAAUCCAGGGCACGCUAGGAACUAUGGAAGAAGGUGGUGAUUUGCGGUAUCACUUCUUUCUUCUUUGUUUCAUUUCACUUUCCCUUUAUUAUUUAUUAUUAAUUGCAUGUGUUCGUUGUUCGGCGAUGGUUUAGUUAUGAUUAGCAAAAUAUAAUGCCUUGCUAUGAAGCAUUUUAUAUUAGAAUUUAAUUAUGCUGAAGGGAUUUAUAAUAAAUGUAAGCCCUUCAACUUAAGAUUAACGCAAGAAUUGUCGUAUUAAUUAACGAAUGUAACUACCUGAUCAUCUACUUGUUGCUUGCUAACUAGUUACUUAUGUAUGAGACGAGAAAUUAAGGGUUUCCAUAACAGUUGAUUCAAAUUCUUUUCGACACUCUUCACCCCAUAUUGCUCAUCUGGGUAUUAUUACCAUAGGUG